GGAGGGAGUAGGCGCGUCUAUGGCUAUGUGCUCUCGGAGUUUCCAAAGCGUUAUUAACGAAAGAAAGAUACUUUGCUGUUUCUGGAAGGUUCCAGGUGUUUCAGGUUUUUUCAACAACAGUAGCUAAACCAUUCUCUUCAAACCCAUCAGCACAAGCUGCUUCUCGUUCUUCAUUUUCCAUCAGCAGAUUUCCCCUCUCUCUCUCUCUCUCUCUCUCUCUCUCUCUCUCUCUGUAGCCUUCUUCCUCGUUUUGUGAAUUUUGUAUUCUGGCAGGAAAAUGAGUCGGCACCCUAGUGUGAAGUGGGCACAGAGAUCUGACAGGGUGUAUCUCACCAUUGAUUUGCCCGAUGCCAAGGAUGUAAAGCUCAAGCUUGAACCAGAAGGGAGGUUUAUUUUCUCUGGCACGAGAGAUGGUUUCCUGUAUGAGGUUGACAUUGAAUUGUUUGAUAAAAUCAAUGUCCAGGAGAGCAAGUAUAACGUUGGCGUGAGAAACAUUGUCUAUGUUAUAAAGAAAGCAGAGAAUAAUUGGUGGAGUAGGCUAAUAAAACAGGAAGGAAAGCCUCCUGUCUUUCUCAAAGUCGACUGGGAUAAAUGGGUGGAUGAAGAGGAUGAAAAUGAGAAAGCUGGCAUGGACUUUGAUGACAUGGAUUUCUCAAAGUUGGGCAUGGGUGGGGAUGAUUUUGAUAUGGAUGAAUCCAAAGAAGAUGAAGACUGGACCGAAGCAGAAGAGAAAGAAAGCAAAGAAGCAGCAGCAGAACCGAAUGCAGAGGUGGCUGAGGCGGCUAAGGCUUGACUGCCUUGGGAAGAUACGAGUGCAAGGUUUUACCUUCUUAUGUGUGGUAUCGGUUGCACCACCUAUGUUGCCAUGUUAGAAGUUUGUGGUUAGGACGUUUUGGUAGUCUUGAGUUGGAUUGCUAUCACACUUGUUCCCUCUGGAAUGUGAACUUUGUAAAAAUUAACCCUUGGUCAGAUGAGCACAUGAAAUAUUUUCCAAAA